GCUCCAUACACCAAACUGAAAGUAGACUUGAACGAUAUUGACAACAGAUUGACUUGACUUUGAUGAAAAAAUCUGGCCUACAGACAUGCUCCUUUACACAGCUGUAUGCGCUGCAUUUUUUACCUUCACUAACAUUGUCAUUGUUGCGCCGUUAAACAAAAAUGUUGAGCAAAUCUUCAAGACAAUACAAAGCCUUCAGGUCAAGAAGGACGCUGAAUUCAGGGUGUUUCCAUUACAAUGGCAAGCGCAACAUGGUGUAUACCCAAGUGAGGUGAGAUUGAACUUCCACGGUGAUGAGCAGUACUAUGCUGUUAGAGAAUUGUUCAAGAUUCCAGAUACAAACAUGUUUGCUCCCGCUUGGGUAACAUCAUGCAUUAUUGAGGCGUAUGCUUUUGGAAAAGCUCCAAAACCAGGUUCUGAACAAUUGAAAAUGUCUCUUGAGGCUGUAAGUACAUUUACAAAUCGGAAUAAACCAGGGUCCGAUUCAAAGAAAACCUUCUGGCCCCAGGUUUUGAAUAAAACUGAUCAGACUUAUACAAGUACACCAGUUAAUCUAUUUGAAGUGCUGCGCUUUCCAGAUUAUCUACCCAACAGUUUGAUUGAAGAAUUGCUUGAGAUAAUCGGACUGAAGGAUUUGGAGCAUGUGUAUGAGCUACUGGUCAAGGAAAGGCAUAUUUUUGCAGAAGCCUUUCACAUCCCUCCCGACUUUGAUGACACAUUUGUGAAUGUUGGAUUAGGCAGUAUGCUGGCUCAAUUCGCAGAAGACUUCCCAUCAGAACAGCAGCAGUGGAUGGCAGAUAAUUCACACUUGCAAUCUGUGUUUGAUAAUCUAAAGAAAUAUGCAUACAGGCCUCUAUCAAGUGAAUCAAGAGUGAAUACGAUAGAUCCGCGGACGUACCUGUACAUGCACGGAUUCCUGGAAAAGGCGGUUUCAAAUCAACAAGAUGUUGCCUUGGUUACCACUUGGUUACAAGACAUCGAUGAGGUGAAAACCAUGCUAGAUCGUGGUGUUGCCAUGCCAUUUAGCGUGAACAACGUUGACAUAACAGUUUGUGCCAAUGUUUUGUAUGGAUUGACCACUUGUCUUGGGACUGGACUCUGUAAGGGAGACUGGGUAGACAGUGAUAUACAGCAAAUCUAUAUGAACACCACUGCUUUGUUAGCCUAUGAGAUGUCGACAAAUCUGUCAUCCCGGCCUGAUCUUGCACUGACCUACUACCCGUCUCGGUUUGUGUUUUAUAGGUUUACGAGUCGAACUUUCGCCUGGCUAAACCGGUUUCUGCCAGGCCGUAUUGGGAAGCUAGAUGCAAAUGUUUUCAAGAUGCUGAACUAUGCCUAUGAAAGUCUCUGUGUAGCCCUGAAAACAUAUGUGACUCAAGAUAUUUUGACCAUUAUCCAAGAUGAAGGCCAUGGUUGCUAUAUAGACGAUUUUCUUGGCAACAACGACUUUGAUCUCUUUAACAGAUCAGUGAAUCGUGCAGAAGAUCGUAUAUUUUCCACAGCUGUUUCCGCCAAUGCACUUAUCAGCACCUACACAAUAUGGUCAAACGGCUCCUUGCUCUGGACGUCAGAUACUCCGACCACAGUCCAUGACAGAGUACAUUGUUUGAUUCAGUGGCUGUCCAACAACGUCUUAUCAACAAAGUACAAGCCUUGGAAUGCGUUCUUUUCCGGAUCAGGAAAAGGAAGAAAGAGUUUACCAUUUUUCUACCCAGCAAACAGAAUGGAAUACUUCAAUGGUACGAAAUUCACCGACAAAACCUUCCCAACUGACAUCCACAACAUUAUCGGAAUGCAGAGAGUAGUUUCCCCUAGUUUGUAUGACGCCAUGUUAAAACAGCCUCACUUUGGUCAAAUGACCCCAAUGACCUUUGACGGCUAUAAUAGUGAACCUGGCAUGUUUUUCCCAUUUUGGUCAUCGGAGGCUUUUACCUAUGCAACUUCUUUAGUAGCCAUCUCUCACUAUGAUAAUAUUGCUAAUAAUUAACAUUUUCUGUGAGCCCUAGUAGCUCCUCUUGUUUUUCGAAAACAAAAGGUCAAAGUUUUGUCAUAGCGUUGGUGUUGUUUUCGGCGUCAGCGGGCAAUCUACUUUCCUUUGUUAAAACUCAGGACCUACUAACAAUGUUCAAAUGAAACUUUGAUUUAAACAUAUUUUUAUUGCCUUUUUUCUUUCAACAUGAUCGGUAUUUACAACAAUGAUAAAUAUAGAGUAUACAAAAAGCAAAUGGGUUGGACACAAGUUCUAACAACAUUAGUAACGUUUUCCCCAUUUGUACACAUGUUACCGGAAAUUUUACAAUCAUUUUUAACAAGACUUAUAUAUCCGGCAUUAAUAUUUGCCGAAUUGUGCUCCUUAUGUGUUUGACAAAAACAUAGAAGUGUUAGCGUUCGCUCUGUCCAGCUGUUGUGUUUCCAGCUCUUGUGCUAGCGUUCGCUCUAUCGAGCUCUUGUUUGGAUGUUGACAGCAUUCCAUGUUUACAAAAAGAAAUACAACCAUGCUGUUUUUUUAAAUGUGCAGUAUUGAGCCCAAGUAUAAGAUAACUUCUAUUUUGGUGUUGUUUUAUAUUAGUUUUAUUGAAAAGAAAAGAAACUGAUAGAAUCUAUGUUUAAUAUGCUUGUAUCUAUAAUGAAAUAUGUUUAAACUCUCAUUUUGUAAAGCAAAGCGAAUGUUUAUGUAAUCGGAUUUUUCAAGUGUUUACUAUUAGUCAUUUUAUUUUUUCUUGUUCAGAGGUUUUAGAAUUAUACAAUCAGACACUUGAACACUGAUCUACUAUUAUGGGAGAAAAGUUGUAUUAAUCAAGAAGUAUAACUUUAAGAUAAUUGUUUAAUAAUAACUGUGUUCAUUGCUAUUUUUUGACUGUGAUAAAAAAAUGUUCAGCAUUAUUGUUAAAUAUUGAUUUAUCCUACCUCUGUAUUUUGUAUUACAAAAUCAUGGUUUUUUUUCUAUAACCAUUAUUAAAAAAAAAUCGGUAAAACUAACGAGUGUUGUAUUUUUUUAAAUCCUUUGUUUUUUUCCACUUUUUAAAGAAAUUGUACCUUUCGGUAUAUCUUCU